AUGUCGCGCCCCAUACUGCCCGAGUCGGCGUACGCAGCCCUCGGGCUCGACCCUGAGACGAUCAAGAUCCUGAUGAACCCCAAGCCCCCAGACGACCCCGACAUUGCCGCCCCGAAUCUGCUGCAGAGCGACGAGGACAAUGCGCAGCCCAUGGCCCCCAACGAGACGCUCAUCACCAUGUACGCCGAGCUGCUGCUGCACGUGCGCACCAUCACCCUCUUCGCCUCGCUGCGCACCCACCACAACCGCGAGACGACGGCGAAGCUGUCCUCGGACGGCAUCUGCAUCACCGUCUCGCACGAGGGCCGCACCGCCUCCAUCCGCAUGCCCUUCGAGGUCAAGGGCGGGGGCGAGGCGGAAAUGACGCUGCCGGCAGCGCCCAACAGCAAGGACAUCACCCUGCGCCUGCAGCUGGAGGAGCUCGACGACAGCGACGUGCUCGGCGCCCUGCAGAGCGAGGACCGCAAGGCCAACGUCGUGCCCUGGGACGGCGCGUCGCUCGACAGGCAGUCUGGCCUCGAGGUCCGGUGCAAGGGCUGCAGCGCAGCAGUCGUGCCGUGCGAUAGCAUCACCCAGUGGAGAGACCUGCCGAACGAGAACUGGGCCGAGAUGAUGGACUUUUGGCAUUGCCACAAGCCCGACGAGCACCAUCUACACCACCAUGCCCACGACAGUGCCAUUCAUGGCAAGGGCUACGCCGCGGGCAACCGGCUCCAGGCCACGCACCAUCUCGGCUUCGUCGACCUGACCAGCUUCCUGCUCAAGGACCAGGACUGCCAAGGAGCACAGUGCCGCUACAGCACGUACGGGUGCAAAGAAGGCGAUCUGGCCUUCCCCAUGGCAUCAUCGUCGAUACAAUCGCCCUAG